UUAAAGAAAAAAUAUUAGUCUGUCCUUGCUGUUUAUUUUUUAAAAUUUAGCAUUUUAAAUAUGCUUCUCUGCACAUUUCUUAAAUAGUUAAUUCUGAAACUCAUUUUAUUAAUAUAUUUCGAGUGGAUUGUGAAGUAUAAUUUUUCCUUGAAUUUUUGAUAAUUACUGAUAGUCAGUUCUCGAUCUUUUUAUACUUGUUUUCGUAAAUUUAGAUUUAGUGUGUCUACAUCCUUUAUAAAUCAGCAAUUAUUAUACAGAGUAUAUUUGCAUCUGUCUGUAUCCUGUGAAGAAGCUAAAGAAAAAAAGAGUAAAACAGUUAGAUAUCUAAAAUGACUGCCCCUGCUGAAAAGUUGAAACAACUGGAAGCUUUGGAGAAAGAUUUAGCUGCUGCUCUACAUGCUGCUAGUCAAGGCAUUUUAGAAUUGAGCAAAGAAAAACCAAGUGUGAAGCAAGCUGAAACUUACAGCACAACCUUUUUAAAAACUCUUGAAAAUGUAGAGGCUGGCCUUUCAAAGAAUAUUACAUAUUUGACUCAAGUCUCAACUGGUCAAGCUCAUGAAGGUUCAAGCUAUGCCAGUCAGAAAGUUAUGCAAAUGGCUUGGCAUCGGUUAAAACACUCACAAACAAGACUGGCUGAGCUGGAGAGAUUAAAGAAUCAGCAUUUACUCGAGAGAGAAACUCGUAGACAAAUCAAAAGAGAGUCUGAAUCAUGAUAUGCUCAUUGUGAUAUCAUUCUUACGUGCGUUUUCAUUCCCCCAGUUUACUUCAUUAAUAUCAGUUUAUACAACUUGAGAAAGGAGCAAAAACUUUGAUAAUUUUUCAAUCUUGUGUGUGCAUUAUUUAUUUACAAUAAAAAUGUACUUUCCAAAAAUAA